AUGCACCUGCCGGCGCCGCCCACCCAGCCGGCCCCCGCCAGUUGCGGCGGCACCGCCGCCGCGGACGCCGGCCUGCGCACGCCCCUGCUCCCAAGCUCGCCCUCAGCGGCCCCCCAAGGCCCCUUCAAGCCGCCCUCGCCGCGCCCGCCCCGGCCGCUCGCGCCCGCGCCCGCUGCCGACGUCGGCCCCCUCUUCGCCCGCCGCGCCUGCGGCCUGCUUCGCCGCGCCCGCGCCUGGCCGGCCCUCGCGCUCGUCCCCGCCGCCGCCGCCGAGGCCUGGGUCGUUUCCAACGUCGGCGCGAUUUCCGGCCGCUGCUACGCGAUCUUUGUCGACGGCCGGCGGGACGAGCUCGGCGCGGCGAUGGCGGGCUUUGCGGCGCUGUACGCGGCCGCGGCCGCCUUCUUCGCCCUCAAGGCCGCCUUUUGCGAGUGGCUGGCGCUGGACUGGCGGCGGCGGCUGGGCAGGCGGGCCCACUGGCUGUACUGCGUCGGCGGCGUGGGCGGGUGCGGCGCGGCGCCCGAUGUCGGCCCGAUGGCGCCCCCUUUCUUCGCCUUUCGG